AUGGCACAAAACACGAUGGAGGCAGAAUGGGUUGCAUCUAGCAAGGCCAUUGAGAUGGCAGAAGGGCCGCGCCUUCUUUUGCAGUUCCUCCGAGGUAGAACCGAACUAGAGCAAGCAAAGGAUCAAGAGUCUGACGCUGGGGCCAUCUUAUGCGACAACCGCAGCGAGGUUUUAUCGGGACGGAAACCGCGACAAGAACUGCACAGGUCAACUAGGCACAUCGCGACUAGGCGCGGGAAAGUCCUUGAACACGGUAGCCGCGUCGUGUUUGUUCCUACGCAAGAACAACGUGCUGACGCACUCGCGAAAAGAGCUUCGGAGUCAUGCUGA